CGUGUUGUCAACGAAAUCAACAUUUCAGCUGCUGAGGUAGCGAUGAGUUCAGUUCGGAAUCUGAGAGAGUUGAUCAACGAGCGACUAACUGCUGCUGCUGAAGAAAUAUUCGCAGAGUUUGAAAAAACCAUCGUCCAGUACGAGGAAGAGAUCGAUCGUCAGCGCAGACUGCUGGAUAACAUCUGGAAACCACAGAUACCGUUACACACCAUGGACCUCCCACAGCAAUAUGUAGAUGCAGAAGGACAGGUUCUCGCUGAGCAGGAGCUCUGUUACCAGGGGAGGAUCUCCGGUCUGGACCAGGGGGGACCAGAGAUUUCACAUGUUAAAGAGGAACAGGAGGACCUGUGCACGAGGCUGGACCAGUACGAUGCAGUGCCUCCACAGACUGAAGAACAGGAGGGGCUCUGCAGCAGUACAGACCGGCAGGAUCCAGAGCCUCAACAGAUUAAGGAGGAACAAGAGGAACUCUGCAAUAGUUCAGACCUGGAGGAUCCAGAGCAUCCACUGAUUAAAGAGGAACAGGAGGAAUUUUGCAGCAGUCAGGACGAACAGCAUGUUGGACUGAAGCAGGAGAUUGACAUCUUUAUGGUGACGCCUACUUAUGAGGAAAGUGACCACAGUGGACCAGAACCAAACAGUGAACUGAUUUUCUGUCACAACUCUCCUGUAGCUGAGAGCUCAGAUCAUGAAGGAAACAAGCAUGUAGAACCAGGUAGAAAUGCAGAGCUGGAGCCAAAGAUGAGUGACACUGACACAGGGAAAAAGUCCAUAAAGUGUGAUGUUUGUGGAAAAACCUUUAAAGAUAAUUACCAAAUGAAAAUCCAUCACAGAAUCCACACAGGUGAGAAGCCAUAUGCUUGCAACUAUUGUGGAAAAACAUUUAAUCAAAUUUAUUUUAUGAAAUUACAUGAAAGAGUCCACACAGGUGAGAAGCCAUUUUCUUGUGAAACAUGUGGGAAAAGUUUUAGUUGUAAUGCUCACUUGAAAGUCCACAUGAGAAUCCACACAGGUGAAAAGCCGUAUUCUUGCAAAGCAUGUGGGAAAAAUUUCAGAAGUAGUGAUCAAUUGUCUGUCCACAUGAGAUUCCACACAGAUGUGAAGCCAUAUGAAUGCAACACUUGUGGGAAAAGAUUCCAUCAGAUGUCAGCCAUGAAAAUUCACAAAAAAACUCACACAGGUGAGAAACCGUAUUCUUGCAAAAUAUGCGGGAAAAGUUACACUCAGUGUGGUAGUUUAUUGCGCCACAUGAGAACUCACACAGGUGAGAAGCCUUACUUGUGCAGCACCUGUGGGGAAACAUUUACAGAUGCAUCAACACUAAACAAUCACAUAAGAACUCACACAAACGAAAAGCCACAUUCUUGUGAAACUUGUGGGAAAAGUUUCAGUUUUAGCUCUCACCUCAAACUUCACAUAAGAACCCACACAGGUGAGAAGCCUUACCUCUGUAACACUUGUGGGAAGAGAUUUACUGACUUAUCAGCAUUAAAAAAGCAUGUGGCAGUCCAUACAGGUGAGAAGCCAUAUUCUUGUGAAACAUGUGGGAAAAGUUUCACUCAAAAGAGUAACUUGACUGUCCACAUGAGAACGCACACGGGUGAAAAGCCUUACUCCUGUAACACCUGUGGAGAAAGAUUUAGUCUCGCAUCAGUGUUAAAAAGUCACAUGAGAAAGCACACAGGUGAGAAGCCUUACCUCUGUAACAUAUGUGGGGCAAGAUUCGCUGAGCUAUCUGCUCUUAAAAAGCACACAGCAGUCCACACUGGUGUGAAACCGUAUUCAUGCGAAACCUGUGGGAAAAGUUUCAGUCGAAGUGACAAUUUGGCUGUCCACAUGAGAACUCACAUAGGUGAGAAGUCAUAGACAGAAAGUGCAAUAACUUUAUCUCCUUCUUUGUUGGAAAGAUAAAUGACAUGAGGCAACAUAACUAGAAUAUUUUUACAACAUAAAAAAUAGGAGGUGUUUCAGUGCUGCAGCUCACCUGGUGGGGUUGAGGUUAAAGCGUGAUAUGAUAUAGUUUUAUCAAUGCAAUUCUCUCUUAUUGAACAGUUGUAUUUUAGAGGUGGGAAGUAACUGAAUACACUUACUCAAGUACUAAGCAUCAUUGUCCUUAUAAACCACAGAUUACAUCUAAAUUGCACACAAAUUUAAUUUUAAAUACUUUAAGAUUAAUUUUCAGAUUGUUGUAAUUAAAGUCAGCUAUUUUUUGUUAAUCACAUUUCUACUUCACAUAUUACACUGGCAAAUACUAGAUUUGAAAUGAGAUUAGUUGACUGCUAUACUUUGCAAUGCAUUUAUGAGAGAAAAUGUCUAGUUAAACUGUAUUUAAGUGUGACAAGAGUCAAGAUAAACCUCGACCAGCAGCCACAAAAAAAUGUUUUUAGUUGAAGGUGGAACUAAAACAUGUUGCACUGCCUCUGCUGUUGUCUGUGGAAUGUUUAUCGCUAUUGUAAAAGUGAAGGGAGAAUUUUCUUUUGGAAAUUUGAAAUUGAAAAUGAAUAUAUUAAAUGUGUGCUUGCAAUGUUG